GACUUCAGCAAUACUUCACAAAUAAAAGAAAGCCAAAGGAGGAUUUCAGUUUAAGGAGGAGGAAUAGGCUGCCAUGUCGUUUGAGGUGAAAGAAAAGGCAGAGGUGCGUCUGGUGUUUCUAGGGGCUGGGGGAGUGGGGAAGACGGCCCUCAUCCAGCGCUUCCUCCGGGACACCUUCGAGCCGAAGCACCGGCGCACUGUGGAGGAGCUCCACAGGAAGGAGUACGAGGUGGGGGGGAUCAAAGUCACCAUCAGCAUCAUGGACACCAGCGGCAGCUACUCCUUCCCCGCCAUGCGCAAGCUCUCCAUACAGAACAGCGACGCCUUCGCCCUCGUCUACGCCGUGGAUGACCCCGAUUCCCUCGAGGCAGUCAAGAGGCUGCGGGAGGAGAUCCUGGAAGUCAAGGAAGACAAGUGCACGCCCAUCGUGGUGAUCGGCAACAAGAUCGACCGACACACCGAGCGGCGGGUGUCCAGCGAGGACGUGCUGUCCACGGUGGAGAUGGACUGGAACCACAUCUUCUUGGAGUCCUCGGCCAAAGACAACGUCAACGUGAUGGAGGUGUUCCGGGAGCUGUUUCAGCAUGCCAACCUGCCUAUCCAGCUCAGUCCGGCGCUCUGCCGGAGGAGGGAAACCUUCCCCAAGGAGAGCAACAGGCGGCCCCCCAUGAACAAAACCAACAGCUGUCUGAUUUCGUAGGGAUGGAAGACAAUGACUCAAAAAGAAAACUAUUCAAAAGAGACUAAAGAUCUGAUAAAACUGAAGGUAUUCAAUGGGGUGCAACGAUACAGGAAAUUCACGGUUC